AGCGAUAAGUCGCUAUACACCCAGUUGCCCAGGAUAUUGUAUACAAGAGGGUCUAUUCUGGGCGAAACUACGCUCAGUGAAACGAUUGACUUUAUUAAGAGAGAGUUCCGCUUCUUGGAAGCAUGGUACAUACCUGAGAAUCUCAAACCGACUCCCAGCGAUGUGACGCGUGUGCUGCAAACAAUGCCCCAUCUCAAGCGCCUGCGAUGUCUUCCGCAGUCGGCGGCUGAGGCCAAGUUUGUUGAUGAGCUAUUGCGCAUAUCGCCGACUCUGCUGGAGAUACACCUACCAUUCUAUACAGGUAUCACCGAGCCGGCCGUUGCGAGGUUGGCGGUCCUAAAACUGAGUCUAGGUGCCGUACCCGAGACCUUAAAAUCGGACACUCUGCACCAUAUCGAGGCCACGGCUCUGAAAUCGGAAAACGCCCAGGCCGAUGUACAGCGAUUACUGGAUGGCUGUAGAAACUUGCGCACACUUCUUCUGCCCAAACAGACCUUGCAUUCGCCUAUCAACAGCACCAGCUUGCGAGUGCUUUGGGUGACGGCCCUGUCUUCACCGAUGCUGUCAGAGUGCUCUCAACUCGUUUCGUUGAGGUGCGAUGGUUUUCUGUGCAUGGACAGUCACUCUCCAACAGAACGAGAAAGUGGGAAGAACUCACUGCACAACCAAACACUUCAGCGCCUGUGGAUCAGCUCUACAGUUUACCUCGACAUGCUC